CCCUAAUUGUCUUCUACGUACGGAUAAAUUAUAUGUAGAAACCAUCCAUGGACAGAAAGAGUAUAACAAAACACACAGGUUUUUAUCCGUGGACGGUGGAUCGAUAUGAAAGGCAGCAGCACCCACUCAAAUCAGCCAACCGCACUUUUUUCUUAACUAUGGCAGGGAAUAGAUCAAGGACUCGCCGGACUCCAGUGGUGCCCAACCGGAGCUAUGAUCUCCGGCUGUCUACUUCUAUGGGGGGAAGGAAACCCUCGCACUUCUUCAACAUCAUACUCCCCUCUACCGUUCACGAAAACAAAUUGAUGAUCCCGGUAAAGUUUGUAAUGGAAUUUGGGGAUGAACUGUCUGAUGUUGCUACACUCACUGUUCCCAAUGGUCAUUUUUGGCAAGUGGGGUUGGAGAAAGGCAACAACGAGAUUUGGUUUGAUGAUGGUUGGAAGGAGUUUAUGGAAUACCAUUCUAUUGAUUAUGGCUACUUUUUAGUGUUCAGGUAUGAAGGAAAUUCAAAAUUCCAUGUUCUUGUACUCGAUUGUACUGCAACUGAAAUUGAGUAUCCAUUGAGCAAGGAUUGUAACAAGAAUGUUACAUCCAGCCGAGAGAGAGCAAUCCAAGCAGCAAAAAUGUUGAAGCCUGCAAGUCCUUCAUUCAUGAGCAUCUUGCGGCCCUAUCAGAUAGAAAAAGCUACUUUGUAUGUGCCUGUUGGAUUUGCUAUCGAGCAUCUUACUGGGGAUGAUCAGUUUGUCAAGCUUCAGACUACUGACGGAAAACAAUGGGAUUCCUGGUGCUAUUGCCAUACAGUUUCAAGUAAAGCAAAGAAUAUAGGGUGGGCUCAGUUUUGCAGGGACAAUGAUUUAGCAGCAGGAGAUGUGUGUGUCUUUGAGCUGAUCAAGAUGAACCCUGUUGUGCUUAACGUCUCAAUAUUUCGCCUGGCUGACUAUUGACUAAGCAGUGAACUAAAUAUGUCUGACUUAUAAGAUAACUCGUCUAAACUCAGGAUCUGGUGAUAUUAA